CACACUUUAAAAACGAAGCAACCAGUCCAGUAUUCACCAAACAGUCUCUCUCUCUCUCUCUCUCUCUCUCUCUCUCUCUCUCUCUCUCACACACACACACAAUGGCGCGUGAGAAUAAUGAGAUCUCUGGAAAGUUCGCGAUGGAGUUUGCAAGAUUUCUGUUCACCUUGGCGGCAGGUUCGCAGAUUCUUCUUCCCGGAACUGAUAUCGCACUCUCGUUGCUUGAUCCGGAGAAAACAAUCGAUAAUCCUGUUCCAGUCUAUCUACUAAUCUGCUGGAUGGCCCUAAAUCUGAUUACAAUCAUUCUCACCGCUUUUGCUAUCUCAAUCGAGACUGUAGUGGAAACAGGAUUCGGCAUCGGGAAUCCUUCGAUUGCACAGAAGAACAGGUAUCAUAAAAAGGCGUAUUUCAUGGUUUUCCUUGGAUGGAUUUCAUAUGUGCUAGGCUUUGGGUUCCACAACUGUGGAUUUGCUUUCUAUGGAGAACACAAUGGAAUCAUUUACUCGGUUUUCAUUGUGUUUGAAGUCUUCAUCGUGUGGAUGUCAAUUUGCACUCUUAACGACUUCUGGAAUACCAGUGAGCGAUAUAUCCAUGACGAUUGACUGUUCUUUGUAUUGAAUCAGCUCGUUGUAGAAGAUGGAUCUCCAUAAAACCGUGAAUCCUUAUCCAUGAUAAGUGAAUUUUCAUUUAGCUUUCUGUGUUUUUUUUUCCUUUUCUGCUGCGAAGAAGUCUGAAUAUGAGUUCGAAUAAGAACUAGUACUAUGAACUAGUUUGUUACACAAAACAAUAUUUCAGCAGUUGAUUGACGCUUUUGUUGUUAGUAAAUUUCAUUUCAUA